UUGUUAUUUUUUAUAGAUCGUGGGGACCGUGGAGGCCGUGGUGGCUACGGAGGAGAUAGAGGAGACAGUGGAGGUUUUCGUCACGAUGACCGUGUUGAGCUGAAAGAGACCGUUUUUGUUCAGGGAGUACCCGUCACGGCAAACGAAACUUACAUCGCAGAUGUCUUCAGUACUGUUGGUGAUAUCGCUAAAAAUGAUAGAACUGGAGCUCCUCGAAUAAAGAUCUACACAGACAGAGGGACUGGAGAUCCAAAAGUAUGUUGA